UAAAUAAGAAUCUUUUUAUAGCGAGUUGAGUUCGAUACAUGAUUGGCGAUGAUCUAUUAACACCGAUAGGUGUGUAUCUAUAGUAUUGCGCUACUAAUUAGUUUACUAUGGCUCAGUAGAUCUUUUUCGUCGGUGGAGUAAGUUAGCUGUCAGAACGGAACUCACGUUAAUAAUCGAUUUUGUGAUUAAUCCGAUAAUCUAAGAAAAGUGGAAAAGUGAAUUUUAAUGAAAUGGAAGAAGUUCAGCUUAGCAAAGAUCAGCUAUCUCAUUUGCAAAUGGCAUUCGAUGCGUUUGAUCACGAUAAAAAAGGAUGUAUCAGCACGAAUAUGGUAAGCACAAUUUUAGGUAUGCUUGGUCACGAAGUCUCAUCAGAAGAACUCGCAGAAAUUAUUGUGGAAAUUGAUACAGAAGGAACUGGCGAAUUAAAAUUCGAGGAAUUUUGUAAGCUAGCAUCGCGUUUUCUCGAAGAGGAAACUGACAUAGAAGCGAUACAGCAAGAAUUACGUGAAGCAUUCCGAUUAUACGAUAAGGAAGGCAAUGGUUAUAUCACUACUGACGUGUUUAGAGAUAUCCUUCAUGAAUUGGAUGAUGCAUUAUCUCCGGAGGAGCUUGAUAUGAUUAUAGAAGAGGUGGACACUGACGGAUCUGGCACGCUUGAUUUUGAUGAAUUCAUGGAGGUCAUGACAGGAUAAAUUAUGACUUUGGCAUCGCACGGAUGCACCGUGUCGAUCGCCCAUAUAUCGGACAAUGAGUGUGCCUGUACAAACAGAAAAGCCGAAAUCUCCUCCAAGUCGUAUGUGCUGGCAGAGUAUAAGUUUGCUCGUUUAUCAUACAUAAAGAAGAUGCCGUAAAACUUACAUUUUUCUAAAUUAUGCGAGUUGAGAAUUCCGAUGAGAGAUGAUCGAGAAUAAUUCAGUAUUUACAGAAUGCACCUACGUCAAAAACUUGAAAGAGAUUUUGAGAUUUGUGAAACAAUAUUUUAAG